AUGGGCAUAGGCUGCCAACAAGAGAUCUCCAAAAGUAUCAUGCUGCUGACCGACCCUGAGGUGGAAAGCAGUUUGUUGAUCAGCUCGGACGAAGGCGCCACGUACCAGAAAUAUCGGCUGAACUUUUACAUCCUGAGCCUGCUCUUCCACCCGGAGCAGGAGGACUGGAUCUUGGCCUAUAGCCACGAUCAGAAGGUCAGUGAGCAGCUCCUCUCGGUUUGGUCCGGGGUUUAG